AUGGGCCUUUUUGACGAGGAAGUUAUGCCCUUCCUUUUGACUGCGAAAGUCACCCCGACGGGGACCCCCCCUCCCGCCCAACCCUGGGCCAAACCCCCUAAACGGCCCGAGCCAGAACAGGCUAAACCUGGCAGCCCAGUGCUAGAACAAGCUGCCCUUUACUGGGGUAAAGUCAGAAAGGGGAAAAGAAACACGACAAAUUCUGAAGUGGGGAAACCCAAAAACUCCCCAAAAGUCAGAGUACCAAAGGCUCUCCCUUUCCCAGUGGCCCCAAUGGGUAUCAUGCCUUCUGCUCCCAAAAGCUUUGCUGAAAAAAGAGGCUUAUCCCCCUGGUCAAGAACACAAAUCCCUUGCCCGGGAAAUACCCCAAUCCCCACCCCCCCUGGGGGGAAGGUUGAAUCCUUCCCAUUGAGUUCACCUGGCGGGGGGCCCCCUCAAGCGGGAACAAUGGGCACUGGAUGCGGGGGGGCCAUCAAAAAGCCAACGUGCUUGAGAUUUCCCCCAAAGAUCGCCUUCUAA